AUGAGGUUUGGUGAGCUUCAUUACAGACGGGGUGUUAUAACCUAUAGCAUAUCGCCUUACGAGGUGAAUGCAUUCAAGGGCUUUUUCAGUCAUGGAUUUCCGAAUUUCGUUAGACGUUUUCGUGAGAAAUUCUUUGUCGUUGCAAGUCCAUUCAUCAUAACGUUCUCAAUUAUCUGUUGGGCCAACUUUGAAAAUGGUAGAUCAAAGAGGAAGGCUUUCCUACAAAAGCAGCAGUGA